CCGACCAACUGACAGGCUGACAGACACACAGCAGUGUUAUUUCUAACUUCUCUGCCACUUCCUGUCUUCCUAUCUAGACAGGCUGACUGUUUCUUAGUUCAGGGAGUUUGUUUUAAUUGUUUUAAGCUGAGAGGUUGACUGUUGACAGUUAUCCUUCUGACUUUACAGCUCUUCCUCUCAUUCACUUGGACCUUCUGUGUUUUCAUCACUUGGAUUCUACUCAAACUUCUUAGAUUUUCCUGCCUUGUUUUUUUCAUCUCCUCUGAGCAUACCAUUCUCUCCCUUUCCCCCUUCACCCUCUCUUGUCCUCCCAUCUCCCCACCGUUCCCUCUGUCCUGGUGGUUUUCGGGCUAUGCACCAUGCUCUCUUCUCCUACAAUGAUUCUUCAGCCUUACGGACUGCCCGUCUAUCCCCAGGGUGCCCAAUGUUACCCCAGCCUAGUACAGGGAGGCCCUGGGCAGGAGGCCUGCCCCGGCAGUGGUGACCCCACCCUCCCACAGGUCUAUGCCCAGCCUCCCUCAUACCCUCCACCAGGACAAGCUCCUCCCACACCGGCAGGCAGACUUCCUCCUCUAGACUAUAGUUCCGCCCACCCCAACUCAGAGUACCAGGAGCAUCACCAGCUCAGAGUCUAUCAGGGCCCGCAACACGAAGGGGCUGACACUCUGGCAGCCAUUAGCACGGACGAUGCCCUGGUUCCGGUGACCUCUGACUCCCAAGCUCUGAGCAUGUCAGUGUCAUCAGGGGGCGGAGCAGGAAGUGGUAGCGAUGAGGAGGGGUCAGGCAAGGCCCAGCCCAAGCGUCUCCACGUUUCCAACAUCCCCUUCCGCUUCAGAGACCCGGACCUCAGACAGAUGUUUGGGCAAUUUGGCAAGAUCCUGGAUGUGGAGAUUAUCUUUAAUGAGAGAGGGUCAAAGGGUUUUGGGUUCGUGACCUUUGAGAGCGCAAUGGAGGCAGACCGAGCGAGGGAAAAACUGAACGGAACGAUCGUUGAGGGGAGGAAGGUUGAAGUGAGGAAUAGACAUACUAUAGAUAGUUAUCUUGAAUAUCUGUCUGUCUGUCUGUCUGAGAAAUUGUACCCUCUGUCUGUGCAGGUGAACAAUGCUACAGCCAGAAUAGUCACCAAGAAGCCCCAAACACCUCUUGUGAAUGGUGAGGUUUCAACCCCUGGAUGGAAGAUCAACCCUGUCAUGGGAGCGAUGUAUGCACCUGAACUCUACACCGGUGAGUUUCAAUUUGCCAGUUUCCCCUACCCCGUAGCUGCUCCCACCCUGGCCUAUCGGGGCUCACCACUGCGUGGGCGGGGCCGGGCUGUCUACAACACAAUUCGCUCAGCUGCCGCACCCACUGCCAUGCCCGCCUACCCUGGAAUGUCUCCUUUCAGUGUGCUGUACCAAGAUGGAUUAUAUGGAGCUGAAGUCUAUGGCGGUUAUCCUGCAGCGUACAGAGUUGCCCAAUCACCAUCCGCUGCCACAGCAACAUACAGUGAUGGAUAUGGCAGAGUUUAUGCUGCUGCAACGGAUCCCUACCACCAUUCAGUGGGACCCACGGCAACAUACGGCGUCGGAACAAUGGCCAGUCUGUACAGAGGAGGAUACAACCGCUUCACCCCUUAUUGAGCUGCCCAAUGAGAGCCUGGAAGCCGUUCUGUGACCCCGCCACCUCAUCCGGGAUUGGCCAGUCCCAGGACAAUAACUCAGGACAGGUUAUGACAUCACUGAGCUCUGUGUCACCUCCUGUCUGACUCCCUCCACUUGGAGACCGAUCCAACCGACUGGACGUGUAAAUACUGUAGUAGUUAUUCACUAUUUAUUCUAUCAGAGAAUACAUAUAGGAUAAAGAGCCUGAUCUAAUGUAUAGACAGUUAUUUAAAAUCUUUAUUUUACACUUAAUCUGUAUUGUUUGUGCCACAGAUUUGUUCCAGGGUUUAAGAAUGUAAAGAUUUCUGCCUCCGUACCUGGGUUAUAAGCUACUCUUUCACUAUUCUAACAGAGAGAGUUGAAUGUGAGCCAUUUUAUUUUUCAUUGGCUGGACUUCAUGGUGAAAUACUGCAACUCAAGUGGCACAACAAUACUGGUUUCUCUACAUGUUGACCUUUGUAAAAAACGUUUUUGAUCAACGUCUGAGCUUUUGACUUUUCAAGAGUCAAAUUGUAGAGUACAAUGACAUUUUAUACAGUUAAAUUACUUAGUUUUGAUGACACUGGUUUUGUCAAUGAUGUAGAGCACUGUUUGAGGACGUUGAAGUGUGUGUGUGUGUGUGUGUGCUUGUGUGUGGGAGUAUGUGACGACAUCAAUACUCAAAACACAAGCUAUGAGAGACAGCAAUGGCACUGGUAUUGUAAAUGUGCACAGUAAUCUUUUUUGAAAUGCUUCUAGAACCCUAAAACUAUAAUUUGCAUAAAAUGUACAUAUGUUUUUGCUUUCCUAACAAUCUACCUCUGAUUCUAAAAAUGUUUCACUUGUCAAAAAAGCAUUCAGGAGCCAUUACUUCUCUCAACUAAUUAACUGUAACAAAACAUGUUUUCUUAUUUUCAUUGUUGAGCUUCUAUCCAUCUUCUCUCUGCUUUGCAUAAUGCUCACCCCACUUUAUCAUUUUUCUAUGGCAGCCUCAUUCUGGGUUUUACUUCGCUCUGCCUGACGAGCCUGUAACCUCUAUGGUGCUUUCCCUUAUUUCCUCUGUCCUGUUAAACUCUAGGACGUUGUCUGGUUUCCUCUUCCUGUUCUCUCGCCUGCUUCUCUCCAUUCUGUUUGAGGAUCUGUGUUCCAUCCAUAGAAAUAAUCAGAUGAGUUCUAGUUCUAUGGGUCAUCUCUCCUUCUCCAUCCUGUACUCGAGCUUCACUGUUGUUUAUUUGCUGUUGACCUCUCAAUAAAACAUUGUUUCUGUUUCCCUUUC